AUGCUUACAUUACUCGCGUUUCUCACCUUAAUAUUGGUUUACUGGUUCACGAAACCGCGCAAACAGGACACCAAUCUGCCGCCGGGACCGAAACCAUGGCCAGUGAUCGGAAGUCUGCAUCUGCUAGGUGAGCACGAAACGCCUUUCCAAGCCUUCACCAGCUUGAGCAAGGUGUAUGGAGAUGUCUUCAGCAUCACCCUGGGCACCUCCAAGUGCGUCGUUGUGAACAACUUCAACCUAAUCAAGGAGGUGCUGAUCACCAAGGGGGCAGACUUCGGUGGACGACCCGACUUCAUCAGGUUCCAUAAGCUCUUCGGAGGCGACCGCAACAAUUCACUGGCUUUGUGCGAUUGGUCAUCAUUGCAGAAGACGAGGCGCAGCAUCGCGAGAACGUACUGCUCCCCAAGGUUUACCUCUUUGCAGUAUGACCAUGUCAAUGCGGUCGGCUGCAAAGAAGUCUCCGUUUUUCUGGUUGAGCUGAAAAAGAAGGACUUCUCGCAACCGAUCGAGCUGAAACCGAUGAUUUUGGCUGCAUGCGCUAACAUGUUUACGCAGUAUAUGUGCUCGACGAGCUUCAACUACGACGACAGCGAUUUCAAGAAGGUGGUUCGCACCUUCGACGAGAUCUUCUGGGAAAUCAACCAAGGAUACGCUGUGGAUUUCUUGCCGUGGUUGUUGCCAAUUUACAAAGGACAUAUGGAGAAGCUUUCCUCUUGGGCUUCGGAUAUCAGGAAGUUUAUUCUGGCUCGCAUCAUCGAUGAGCAUAGGCUGUCUUUGGAUCAUAACCUACCGCCACGCGACUUCACCGAUGCUCUUCUCAUGCACUUGGACGAGGAUCCCAACCUGAACUGGCAGCAUAUCAUCUUCGAGCUGGAGGAUUUCUUGGGUGGACACUCGGCUAUCGGUAACCUUGUCAUGAUUACGCUCGCUUGCGUCGUGAAGCACAAGGAGGUUGUCAAGAGAAUACAACAGGAGGUCGAGUCUGUAACUGGUGGUAAGCGAUUACCGACACUGUUCGAUAAGGCGUCGAUGCCGUACACUGAGGCCACCAUCUGGGAGACCUUAAGGACGGCGAGCUCGCCCAUCGUCCCGCACGUUGCGACCUUAAACACAGAGAUCGAUGGCUACACCAUUGAAAAGGGCACGGUCAUCUUUGUCAACAACUACGAAUUAAACGUGGGCGAGGAUUAUUGGGACGAACCGGAGAAGUUCAAGCCUGAACGAUUCUUGUCUCCAAACGGGAACGUCGUCAAGCCAGCACAUUUCAUCCCUUUCAGCACCGGCAAAAGAACAUGUAUCGGACAGAGGCUCGUUCAGAGCUUCAGCUUCAUCCUUCUGACUACACUCUUUCAAGAAUACGACAUCGAACCAGCCUGUGACCUAAAGCUUCGGCCGGGAUGCGUGGCCGUACCACCAGACUGCUUCAAGCUUAAGCUAACCCCAAGGAACAAGUAAACUAGAACAACGAAA